GGGGCAAGAGGGGGGGUCCCUUCCGAUCCUCCCUCCUGACGCCCCCCCCAGCAGGCCCCCUCCCCCACCAUUGAAAGCCAUGAAUUUUGAAUUUGAGAGGGAGAUUGGGUUUAUAAACAGCCAGCCAUCGCUCGCGGAGUGUCUGACUUCCUUCCCCGCUGUCUUGGAGACAUUUCAAACUUCAUCAAUCAAGGAGUCGACAUUAAUUCCUCCUCCUCCUCCUUUGGAGCAAACCUUCCCCAGCCUCCAGCCCGGCGCCUCCACCCUUCAGAGACCCGGCAGCCAAAAGCGAGCCGAAGAUGGGCCCGCUCUGCCGCCGCCGCCGCCGCUCCCCGCCGCCCCCUUGGUCCCCAAGUUCCCUUGGAUGAAAGAGAAGAAAUCCGCCAAGAAACCCAGCCAAUCCGCCUCGUCUCCCCCGGCCACCUCCUCCGUUUCGGCCUCCGGGGUCGGAUCGCCAGCAGAUGGCCCGGGACUGCCGGAGGCCGCCGGCAGCGGGGCGCGCAGGCUGCGCACCGCGUACACCAACACGCAACUGCUGGAGCUGGAGAAGGAAUUCCACUUUAACAAGUACCUGUGCCGGCCGCGCCGCGUCGAAAUUGCGGCCCUGCUGGACCUCACGGAGAGGCAGGUCAAAGUGUGGUUCCAGAACCGACGCAUGAAGCACAAGCGGCAGACGCAGCACCGAGAGCCGUCCGAUGGGGAGCCGGCCGGCCCGGGAGCCCCGGAAGACGGCGGCGAGCCCACCGAAGAGCCUGUGGCCAGCCCGGGCCGCCCCUCCGCCUCGCGGGCGGCGCGGGAAGCCUGCUCUCGCCCGCCCGAGGUCGCGCCGGCCCCCUCGGGCGCCCAGGGCCCGCAGCCUUUGACCGCUCACGUGGGGGGCGGUCCGCGCGCGGCCGCGGGGCUGGAGCCCGAGGAGUUGCCGGAGGAUGCCUUCCCGGAGCGGCAGGAUUCGCCUUUCUUGCCUGACCUCAACUUCUUCGCGGCCGACUCCUGUCUCCAGCUCUCCGGAGGCCUCUCCCCCAGCCUGCAGGGCUCGCUCGACAGCCCCGUUCCCUUUUCCGAGGAGGAGCUGGACUUCUUCACCAGCACCCUCUGUGCCAUCGACCUGCAAUUCCCCUAACCUGUUUCUCUUCCCGGGCCCUUCGACCCCGUCCCCUCCGCUGUCUGC